CCGAAAGGACCGAAUAGAGGGUAUGUAUUCAUACAAAGUUGAGUACAAAUAUUCAUAGUACAAGCUCAAUAAACCAUAGCCCUGUCCCACCAAAAGAUCAAAAAUAACUUCCAAUUCAUCACGUAGAUUAAAGCUUUUUUUAGUUCAAAAUUAAAAAAAAAUUAUUUUAUUAUGUUUUUAACACUGCAUUUGUCAUGUGACACAUUGGUCAGCUGAUGUGGGCGUGGAAAAUUACUAUGCCAGUUUGCUGUUAGAUCAUUUGCUCAGUUAGGUUAGCAGGUUUUGUUUUGUAAUCUAAAAAAGUUACAUACAUUUUUAAAAAAUGGGUGCUUCUGUUGCUGUGUUUGUUGGAUUCACAGCUUUUUGGGCGUUUAUAGGAAUAAUUUGUCCCUUCUUUGCACCUAAAGGCCAAAAUCGUGGAAUUUUGCAGUUGGUUCUGAUGUUAACAGCAGCAACAUGCUGGUUAUUCUGGUUAUGCUGCUACAUGGCUCAAAUGAAUCCUCUUAUUGGACCAAAACUUGAACGGAAUACCAUUUUAUUAAUAGCAAGAGAAUGGGACAAUAAUCCCAUCUUACCUGAUGAAUAAAGCAAAUCUCAUCAUCGCACACAACUUACUACACUUAAUUUAGAUAGAAUACAGAUUUACCUGUCAAAAUGUAAAAAAGGUGUUUGGUGUGAUUUCUCCAUGGAUCCCGUAAAUAUUUCAGUGAUAUGUAUUAAAAAUAGAUUCUGUCUAGUUUAGAAGAAUAUCUCUAAUAUUAGCUUUUGUUACACUCUGCUAUUCAUAAGAAUUUUUUUGGUCAUGCAAAAAAUAAUCUCCUUUCAUGUAUUUCCAUUAACUUAUUGGAAAUAAGAACCCAAUAUAAUAUUCUGUUCAAAUAUAGUAGUAGUGUAAAAUUAAAAUUGGAAUUUUCAAAAUUAGUUUUUACUUGUUAUCAUCCGAAUUUUUAUAGUUUCGGUAGUUUUGAAUGUCAAUAGCAAAAAGUCCUAUUCGACAAUCUUAUUUUAAAAUUUGAUAUAUUUUUUCAAUUACGUGUUUAUUAUUAUUAGUAGAACAGAAUUUUAAAAUCCUUUUUACAUUCCAUCUGUAUUUACUUCGUAGUAGCAUAAAAAUAAUUAUUGAGAAAUUUGUAAAUUAUAAGAAAUAUAUUUACUGUACAUAUAUAUUAUAAACCCAACUGAAAAAUUGUAUUGUUGAUUAAUAAAGAUUAUGAAUAUUUA